CAUGAAUAUGUUGUAUGAAUAUGUGUUUUGGUACAUAAGUUGAAUAUAAUAUGAAUAUAAGAAAAUCGGUGUGAAUAUUCAUAUAGCCAUGUAUGAGCAGCAGCAUCGAAAGAGCUAUACUGAUCGAGAGGCAGAGACAGAGGCGGAUUCAGACACCGAUUUCGAUAGCGAUAUCAAUAGCGAUGUCGCUGCGCUUGAUCAAGCCGUCUGCCGCUUCUGCAUCAGUAGCAUCAAGCAGAAGCUGGGCCGGAAGCAAUACCACAACCCGCUGCUGCACUUCACGGCCGUGCUGGGCAUCAAGGAGGACGGCAACUGGGUCCCGGCGCACUCGCACACCCGCUUUCUGGCUGGCUUCUUGUGGUGCGGCCGGGUGCUGAUGCUGGAGCACUUCUUCGAGGAUGACCCGUACGACUCGGAGGAUUCGGCGUGCGAGACGAGCUUCGCCGCGAUUGAACGCUUCCACAAGGGUCAUCACGAAUGGCUCACAAGCGGCUCGUACUCGCCGUUCGGCACGAUCAUCCGGUGGAUGACAUACGGCCGAGGGUACCGCAAUCACGAGGAGGGGCAGGCACGGCUGUGGUGGGACAGCGACGGCAAGACGGUUAACUAUCUGGGCGAGAGCAUCACCGUGGCCGGCUUCCAGUCGACGGCUCAGGCGGUGCUGCAGGAGGCUGAAGACUGGCUAACCGAUAGGCCGUUGGUAGUUUGGGCCAAACUACCAACCUUCGAAAACGGCACGGGCCAAUUGCGAUGCGGGGAAACCCUACUGUACCAAGGACUGCGUGUAAUUUUAUUAAACUACACACUUUUCGUCCUUAUUCGUUUCGUUGUACUGAAAAACCCGGAUAUGGAAUUAUUGCGCAAUCUUAAACUUUUUAUCGACUACGAGGCACAUGCAGUUAUCUGCUGCCGACAGGAAUGCCAAUCUGCCCUACUACAAUGA